AUGAUUGAAAAAUAUUUUAUUCAUUUUUUCCCAUUCAACUUAAUCUUUUCUGAGAUCUAUAAAGUUUAUCAAAAACUCUAUGGUAUAGAUAAGCAAUUAAUUGUAAUUUAUUCAAUAAUUAAAUUAGCCUGAAAAUGAAGAAGUUGAAUACCAUAAUAAAUUGUUUAAACCUCACGCAUUUAACAAAAAAGCCACUCUUUCAAACAAAGUUGUAAUUAUUGUCAAAGUCCCUAUCUUUAAUAAUUAAAUUAAAGAAAUAUAAAUUUCAUCUAAAUAACUUAAAUUGCUGUUUACAAAGAAAAAUCGAAUUCUCUAACUAAAAUUAGAUUUUAAAUAAAGAAUUGAAGUUUAAAUGAAUCAAAUAUUAAAUCAAUAAGCUAAACUCAAUUAAGAAAAAUUAAAAUAGUAACAUACACAAAUUACUAUUCUUAAGUAGAAGUAUUAUAUUAUUAUUAAGGCUAUUGAUGAACCUAAAUAGCUCAAUUUCACAACUUCACUUUAAUUAAAAAAUGGAUUUUCUUUCAUUAGAUCCUUGUCAAUUCUCGAAAAGCAAGUUAAGCCCAUCUAAAAAAUUAGAAUAACAAUAGUUCCAAGACUGCUUGAUUGA